CAACGCAGGCCGGGUUGCUUGUCCAGAGAGGCGCAUCGGUCCAAGUUGCGCCCGCCGGAUGCUGCGGACCGCGUCACCCUCGCCUCCGCGCGCGGGACGCCGCUGAUCGGCGAGCUUCAAGCGCGGCCCGCCGCGCCAGUGCUGUUGCCUUCGGUGACGCUGCACGUCACUCCGUCAACUCUUAUUGUUGUUUACCCAUUCUGUGAGGAAAGGACCCGGCUGUGAUGAGACUCGCGGACCGUACCACGAUGACAACGACUCGCCGACAACGACCAGUGGUCUUCUCAGAGGAUUGACAGUUGGCUUCCCGCGAAGCAAGAACGGUGUGCUGCGGAGGAUCCCCGGGAGCGUCGGCCUCACCGGGAGGGUGUGGGCGGUGGGAGAGCCCCGUAGCACGCGGCCGCAAUGCUUCGAAGCGGGGCGGCGGACGACGAGUCCGCUGAGCCCCUGCAGCCGCCGGCGCGCAACGGGGACCUGCUCAGGGCGUACCAGGAGGACGCCGACGCGGCAUUCGAGAUGCCGUCGGCGCCGCUGCCCCCGCCACCGCCACUGCCGCUGCCGCCUCCCAUGAACGAGGGCACCGAGCCCGACUCAAGCCUCCUGCAGCAGCACGGCCACGGAAGCCUCCCCGAGCUACGUGCACCCUUCGCCGUACCCGAUGAUGACUCGCUCGGACAGCCGCGCAAAGGCUCGGCCGACUCUUCACAGAGCUCCACCAAGUGCAGGAGGCGAACAAAAUCUAUGACGUGCAACAUGGUGAGCGCAUUGUACGGCAAGAUAGCUGUUGUCGUCACAACAGUCCUCGUGUUGACGGAGGUUAUGGACAACUCGGUGCCACUUCUACGCUUUCAUGGAUACCUGUACGCAUACCUGUUGGGUGGAUCGGUGGUCUGCCUGCUGGGUGUCUACGUGAGUACCAUGGUAGACCGGUGUCCAGCGCUCACUGGCCAGCCGUCACUUUCUGGGACCGACCCCGAAAUAGCGCUGCGUCGAGGUCGUGUCAUGACGCCUUGCUCUGACGUCAGCAUUUAUCUCCGGAUAGGAGUCAUCGUGUUCGGCCUGGGGACACUUUUGUCGUGCGGCCUGGAAAUCGCCACCAUAUUCACUCUGACGAAGCCGUGCACCGACCCUGUGAACCUGGCCUUGCCUGUGCUGCACGCGCUGUUCACCUUUCUGCAGAUGCACUUCGUCUUCAUGAACGCACAGAGCGUGGCCCGGUCUCUGGGCUGCAUGCGUCACUUGGUGCUGGUUCACCUGGUGGUCACUAAUGUUGCCGUAUGGCUCAAAUUGCUCCUGUGGGACACUGCCAGCGAGUGGCUGCGGCAGAGCCACGUUGCCCAGGACGGCGACGGCAUCUGGCCACCAAAGGGAUUCAACAUCACCACGCACGUCAUUGACGAUCAGGGGGAACACAGAGCGUACUUCACGUCGGAUUGCAUUUGGCGGCCUGUGGACCACCUGCCUAUGGAACGUAUGCUCACUUUACAACGCUGCCUGCACAACACGACUGUUGGCGCCAUAUGGCUGAAGGCAUCGCCCUUCCUGUCACCUUUCAUCGUCCAAUACAGUGUCGUGGCUGCCGUGGUUGUAUACACAAUCUGGGACAACUAUUCGUACUGCACCAGGGGCAAGAACUACAACGGUCGCCGGUCGUCUCCCACCGCCGACCGCAUCGAAGUUGCCGUAUCCUCUUCUACCGACCGCAUCGUGGACUGCCAGGGUUCCAGCAAGGGCCUCUUCCUCGGCCUACUCGUUCUUGUGGCCGGCAUAAUCGUCCUCAUCCUGUUUUUUGUGCUCAGCAAUGAGAACAUGGAGAUCGAAACGCUGUCCGCAGUUACCACUCUCCACUGCACCGUCCAGGGUCUUUCGGCUAUGGCAACGGCCAUCGGGUUGUGCACCGUCGGCGGCGCCUACCACAAGCGCGGCCGGACGACCCAGCUCAACUCGAUCCUUCAGGGCAUCGGACUCCUGGCCCUCUACACGUACGGCGUGUUUGGUAUCGUAGCUGGCGCGUCGAAAAUCUUCGAAGGGUCCGACCACCUCCUCCUCCUCAUGGACGGCGCCUUCAUGGUUCUGUUUGCGAGCCUGCAGUCACUGUUUGUCCAGCGGCUUGCCAUGCGUUGCCUGCCCAAGAAGAACAACAAGUCCGGCCUGCAAGUCGUCACGUUCCUCAUGUUUAGUAACCUGGUGCUCUGGCUACUGGAGACGUUCACAAACCAGAAUCACAUAUCAAGUCAGCAGCAGCUGGCCAUGUACGGGGCCGUGUCGUGGGGAAUAAUUUCAAGGGUAGCCUUGCCACUUGUCAUCUUCUAUAGGUUCCACUCGUGCGUCUUUCUCCUGGAGGCGUGGCAGCUUCCCAUCACCCUGAGCAGAGAGUGACCCGCUUCGACUGAGACAACUCUGACGGACUUAUGUGUUCCUUUAACCGUGCGUUCGCAAAACUGGCUCGAUCAUAGGGCUCUAUGAGUGACAUUAAGCGGUUGCCCCAGGAACAGUUUUUUGAGUGAGACAGUGAGUUUGCCACUACCCAGAUCAACCUGUAUCAGUGACUCAGCAGAAACUACCUUGUCAUCUGCGCGUUUCAUUGAUAUGUAAUGUCCAAACGUUCAAAGACAUGCGAAACUAUUGCUUUCUGGCCUUAGUUCAGUAUACGAAAUGCGGCAGAUUCGAAAGUUAAAACCCACAUGCUGUAAGAGCAAGAAUGGCCAUCUUUUGCUGCUAAAAUUCCCCACAUCGACAUUCAUAAUAGCAAUGUUAUUGUUGAUUGUUUUUGUACGUGAUAGUUGCUGUGAUGAAAUGUGUGAGCGUGGUCAUGAGAAUUGAGCCUUAAAGGGACCUUACAAUACCAUUUCAACAUCAACAAUGCUGCCCAUCUAUGUAAAGUCAGUCAAGAUGAACACGUGAGCCAAACAAUGUUGCGCUGCACAACAACAGGAAAUUUACAAUUUCAUGUCAAAGACAGUUGAAAAUCAGUUGCUCUUUCCUCAACAAUGUACGUAUAACAGGUGGGAGCAAGCGGAGGCGACGAGUACUGUAGCUAUCUUGCAGACCACGUGCUGCGUCGUAUAAAUAGCGUGGCCGGCGUACGCCGCGCACGUCUGCAGAAGUAUUCGAGGCCAUAACGUGCAGGUCACGAAAUGGGCCGUAAAAAAAGUCCCUUGCCACAUCCCCCCCCCCCACAUUACCCCGUCUAACUGUGUAUGUACUUCCAGCACGGUAGUGCCGACGAAAGCGACAUAGCAGGUCAUUCUUGAUGCAAGAGGGCCCUAUAGUAAGGCCAUUCUACUAUAAUUUGGAAAGGUGUCGCAGGGCCCCUUUAAGUAAGCCAGUACACAGCUGGUCUUAUACGUGAUUUAUUGCAUUGCGAAGGCAAUGAAAAUGAAAAAAAAAUUGUUGUUUGGUACCUUUAAUUUCAGAUGUUGAAGGAGAACAAGGGUCAUGUGUCAGUUGUGCGUAUAUGGCUAGUGAAUGCCACCACGAGAUGCCUGUUGCUGCGUCUGUUGUAAAGCAUCUAUAGACACAUCAUUGCAAGAUUAUGCGCAUCGCUUUAUGAGCUUCUUCAUUUGUGCAUUGUCAUCACAAUGUUCAUCGGUAUUAAGUAUCACCAAAAAUGAUGUGAAGGAAAUUAUCACAUUUUGCUUUCGACCACUGCCACACCAUUCAUCCUUACAAGCAGAGCUUACAAAUCAGCUUUUCAGUGUGUGAACUUCCCACAGACAGCGCACUGUAUGCCAUCUUUACGUAGUGCACCCAACUACAUAUGUACAGAUGGCUUGCAUUGACGUCACUGAAACCACCGCACCAGCAUGACGGGACGUGACAUUUGCGAUGUCACAUUAAUGUUUUCAAAACAUCACAUAGCAGGUUUAUUCACUAUUUGCGCACAGAGGCGUUCUCAUGUUGUGAUCACAUUACAGCAGGUCAACUGCAACUUACUGGUCAUGAAAGCCGCCAUCUUGGAGUGCCAGUACGUUCAGAAGCAGCGCUUAGAUAUCACGAGCGAGCUAUGGCACUGUUCAGGUAAAUAUUGUAUAGGAUAGCAACUAAUAAGCAUAGCAGUUGGACUUUCAACACGCGAGAAACUACAGUCAGAUCAUCAAGGUACGCUGCAUUCAAUGGCGUUAGCCGACCCCCUAUCUACAUUAAAACAGUAAUUCCUUAUCACGCGACAUGAAACACUGCAAACUUGAGCCAGAAAUAAAUAUUAAAAUCUGAUCAGUGCACUGUGACAGACAGUACGAAUGUAUGACUUCACAUUUCGUUUUUGUGAUUGCUUGUAGCAACCACAUUAAUAACAACUAAAUUUCAAUCUUGACGUCCCUGCGUGUCUCUAUAGUUUUUUCACACCAUACGCGCCCUAGUCACAUUUCAAAUGACCAUUACACGUUCAGAAAAAUUAAUGUGCAACGAGGUGCUACUGUGCAUGCUCAAUUCCUGCAAGCUAUAAAAAAAAGUGAGCCCGCAUACGUAGCAAGGAAAAUGGAGUGACUGCAUAUGACUCCUUUAAGGUAGCCGUAACCUCUAGGAAGUAACUAUAGUAGCUGUAGGAACGUUGCCAGCAGCACCCUCCAGUAUAGAAUGCUUAUUAUUCAAGCUUUAAACAAUCAAACUCAAACCCAUGGAUAAACAGAUCAGCCAAAACGUACAAAAAAAAAGUCACGCUAUAGUUACGCGAUUGUAACUCUACUCAAAUGUAGGUUGACCUCUUUAAAAGCACACACCGAAACGUACAAAUACAGAUCUGUCAAAACACACACACAAAAAAAUCAAGCUAUAAUUACGCAAUUGUAACUCUACUCAAAUGUAUAGGUUGACCUCUUUAAAAUCACUCACCAAAACUAAAUAAAUGAAGAAAUAAAGAAAUAAAACAAAG